AUGAUCUGCGUUAACGACCCAAGUUGUUCAUCAUUUAACGUUGCCUCCUCUCCGCGUUUGGAUGGAAAGUUCCUUUGUGAGUCGCUAAAUAAAGACAAGUAUAGUGCAAGUCCUGGAAAGCUAGUGAACUCACAAGAAUAUCACCACUACAGCAUAAAGACACCAUGCUCGAGCUUUCCAUGUCAAAACAAUGCAACUUGUGUUCCGGAUUACGGUACCGACCAAUACCACUGUAGCUGUGUGCCCGGCUACGAAGGAAACUUCUGCGAAAUCGAUAUCAAUGAAUGUGCCAGCAAUCCCUGUUUGAACGAAGCAACCUGUGUCGACCAGGUCAAUGGUUAUGUGUGUAACUGUAAGGAUGGAUACUUAGGAGUUCACUGUCAGAUGGAAUUUUUGUUCAGGGGGAGGGGCAAGGCGCUGCUAAGGAUGGGUAAGGGAGGAUUUUCUGGAAAUGAAGCGAACUUAAGGCAUUCAGAGCGUUUAGUGUCAUUAAGUCAUAUUCUUUUCGAUAUCAAUGAAUAUGCGAGUAAUCCUUGCACAAACGGAGAGACGUGCUUUGACCAGAUUAAUCGUUUCGUCUGUGACUGUAUUAUCGGGUUCACUGGAACACGCUGUGAAACAAAUAUCAAUGAAUGUGCCAGUAAUCCCUGUUUGAACGAAGCAACCUGCGUUGACCAGGUCAAUGGUUAUGUGUGUAACUGCAAGGAUGGAUACUUGGGAGAUCACUGUCAGACGGCCCUGACGUCGUGUAACCAAGUCUUUAACGCAAUCAGCUCUUCAAGUCAGCUUAAAACACUUAUCAUUGGCGGACAGCAAACUGCCGUAUACUGCCACAUGGGACAAUUUGGAUGUGGGAAUGGCGGUUGGACGACUGUCAUGAAGAUUGAUGGCAACAAGAAUACUUUCAACAACGACGCUGGCUACUGGACAAAUACAAAUUCUUACAACCUUGCUGGAGGACAAACGGGAUUCGAUUCACAAGAAACCAAGCUACCGACCUACUGGAAUACACCCUUCACCAAGAUCUGUCUCGGUAUGAAGAUAGGCUCUCAGGAAAGAUUUACUCCGAUCAACAAACAGGCCGGUUCGCUUCACUCGCUCAUCGCUAAUGGACAAUACCACGCGACAUCACUCGGACGUUCCACCUGGAAAUGGUUGAUUGGCUCGCAAGCUUCUAUGCAACACAGUUGCAACAGAGAAGGUUUCAAUGUCGUUGCUGGCAUAGAUAAUGGCCAAAAAAUGAGAAUCGGUAUCUUUGCUAACCAGGAGACUGACUGCUUAACGCCAGACUCUAAGAUAGGCUUCGGUAUAGGUGGAAGUUCGAGCACCAACACAUGUGGAAACAUAGCCAGUGAUGACUUUGGCCCCGAUAAUGGUGGCAAAAACAUUAGGGCCAUAGGAUAUAUCUUGGUGCAGUAAAAAAGAUAUAUCUCUCCUCGAAGACCCAGUAGGUUUAAGGUUUAAGGAAAUUUGGCCAUAUCUCUCAGGGGCGGAGAUCUCUUAGAUGGUUAGAUGUUACAGAGAAGGUUUUAUUUAAUGAUUUAGUUUUAGCAUAUAAAGGUGUAAGUGGUUUUAUUUUCGCGGCCCACGGGAAUGGAAUGGUCUACCUGACAACAUUAGGAAUACUAAAGA